CGCCCGCCCGCCCGCCCGCCGCUCCCGCGCCCGCGACCCUCUCGCGCCUUUCGCUCGCGGACUAUGAAGAGGGAGCUGUGGCGCGAACUGCGAUUUUGAGAAACUGAAGAGGAGGAGGAAGAGAAAAGCUCGUCUCUCUACUCUGCUGCUGGCGUUGCUAUAAGUUGGCCGACUGCUCGGAGCGCAAGUUCACGUCGUCAGCGGCGCCCCUGCGUGGAGGGAGAAGAGCAAGAAGAAGAAGAGGACAGACCAUUUUGUGCGCGUUGCUUCGUGAAACAGUCCGAAUUAGUCGCAUGUUGUUCGUGUGACGUCCGUCCGGACGGGGCUCCGUCAACAGUUGCCGAGUCCAGCGCUCCAUGUGCGGUCGGACAUGCGGAGGCCACUGCAGUGCCGCUCCUGGUGGAUCUGCUCUCUCUCUCUGUCCUCCUUCGCGCUCCUCUGGGCCCACGGACACCCGGCUCUGACGGAGGGUGAGCCCACAUCCCCAGGAGGAGGCGCCGCUGGGACAAGGCACCGAAGGGCGGCGGGGGAGUCCUAUUGGGCCUACUCAGGGACGUACGGGCCAGACAGCUGGGCCUCGGCCUACCCAGAAUGCCGCGGGAGGAAUCAAUCGCCCAUCGACAUCGUCGAUCAGGACACGAGGGUAUCCAUGGAGUACCAGGAGCUCACUCUAGAUGGCUUUGAGACGGAGUCCUCCAACAAGACCUCGAUGAAAAACACCGGCAAAACAGUGGCUAUCCUGCUGAAGGACGAUUACUUCGUCAGGGGCGCCGGCCUGCCGGGACGCUUCAAAGCAGAGAAGGUGGAGUUCCACUGGGGCCAGAGCAACGGUUCCGCCGGCUCCGAGCACAGCAUCAAUGGAAGAAGAUUCCCUGUGGAGAUGCAGAUCUAUAUGUACAACUCGGAUGACUUCGAAAGCAUCAGCGCUGCGAUUAACGAGAGACGGACAAUCGCGGCCAUGGCGGUAUUCUUCCAGGUUGGCCUGAAGGAUAACCCCGCUGUGGAUCCCAUCAUCCACGGGCUGAGAGGCGUGGUUCAUCACGAGAAGGAGACAUCUCUGGAACCCUUUGUCCUGAGGGACCUGCUGCCCUCGUCGCUGGGGAGCUACUAUCGCUACACGGGCUCCCUCACCACGCCGCCCUGCAGCAAGGUGGUUGAGUGGAUCGUCUUCAGCCGCCCCGUGUUCCUGUCCUAUCAGCAGCUGGAAUCCUUCUACUCCAUCUUCACCACGGAGCAGCAGGACCACGUCAAGUCGGUGGAGUACCUGAGGAACAACUUCCGUCCUCAGCAGAGCCUCGACGGCCGAGACGUCUUCAAGUCCGCCGUCAAAGACGCCUGGGUCCCUGACCUGACAGACAGCAUGGGAAACCCCUACGGCACGGAAUCCUCCAAAGUGUGCAGCAGCGCCCCCAUCAACAUGAAGGUCCAGCCACUGAACAGGACCGCUCUGGUGGUCAGCUGGACGAGGCCAGAGGUCAUCUACCACCCGCCCAUCCUCAGCUUCACCAUCUCCUACAGCUGGACCAAGAAUGACGAGUCCUACGAGAAGACCUUCGUCAAAGACAGCAACCAGGAGUUGAGGGCCGUCAUCACACAGGUGUCCCCAGACAUCCUCUACCUGUUCCGGGUGCAGGCCGUGUGUGUGAAUGACAUGCGCAGCGACUUCAGCCAGAGCAUGCUCUUCAGAGCAAACACCACCAGGAUUUUCGAGGGGACGAGAAUCGUGAAAACUGGAAUGCCCACCGCCUCUCCGGCGUCCUCUGCUGACAUGGCGCCUAUCAGCUCCGGUUCCUCCACAUGGACUUCCUCCGGCCUCCCCUUCUCCUUUGUCUCCAUGGCGACGGGCAUCGGGCCCUCCUCCAGCGGCAGUCAGGCCACGGUGGCCUCUGUGGUCACCAGCACCCUGUUGGCGGGGCUGGGCUUCAGCGGGGGUGUCAUCUCCUCUUUCCCAAGCUCCGUGUGGCCCACGCGGGCCCCGCCCUCGGCCCCGGCUCCCAGCCGUCAGGCGCCCGCCACAGAGCCGCCGGCCACCCAAGGCUCGGACGCCGACGCCAAAACCUCCGAUCACGACAGCGGCUCCGACGACGGCAGUGAGAAAAGUGGCAAGGGGGAGGGAGAGGAGGGGGAGAAGGGUGGCGAGGAGGAUGAGGAGGAAGAUGAUGAGGAAGAGCGGGAUAAUACACGCGACCGCAAGGUGGCGCCGGACGAGGUGGAGAAGCAAGUCAACGACACGGUGCCGCAGGAAACCCCCACGGUGGCCCCCGACUCCACAGCCAAAGAGAAAGAGCGCGGCAAGUCCAGCGUCAGCCCUCCGAGCUCAGACAAUGAGCUGCUGCGGAAGCGUGUGCCAGACAUCACCUCCGACAGGAGUACGGUGCCCCCUACUGGAGAAACGGAUAACGAGACCUUAGCCGUGCAGCCUCCCGACGUAGCCACUCACACCAGCAAGCCCAGCGUCCCCGAGAAAAACAACUGGCCUUUCUCUAUUCACACAGAGCGGAACGGCGUCUCCCACAUGAGGCCCCCAGUCCAUGGGUCCAGUAAGAUGGAGUGGAUCAUCCCACUGGUGGUGGUCUCUGCUCUCACCUUCCUCUGCCUCAUCCUGCUGCUGGCCGUGCUGGUCUACUGGAGGAGGUGUUUCCAGACAGCUCACUUCUACGUGGAGGACAGCAGCUCGCCUCGCGUCGUCCCCAAUGACAGCUUCCCUGUCAUCGCCAUCCCAGAUGACAUGGAUGCCAUUGCAGUCAAGCAGUUCAUCAAGCACGUCACAGAGCUGUACUCCAACAACCAGCACGGAUUCUCGGAGGAGUUUGAGGAAGUGCAGCGGUGCACGGCGGACAUGAAGAUCACGUCGGAGCAUUCCAACCACCCUGACAACAAGCACAAGAACAGAUACAUCAACAUCGUGGCAUAUGAUCACAGCAGGGUGAAGCUGCGCCCGCUGGCUGGCAAGGACGCCAAACACAGCGACUACAUCAAUGCCAACUUCGUCGACGGAUACAACAAGCCUAAGGCCUACAUCGCCGCUCAAGGGCCUCUCAAGUCCACCUUUGAAGACUUCUGGAGGAUGAUUUGGGAGCAGAACACAAGCAUCAUCGUCAUGAUCACGAACCUGGUGGAGAAGGGAAGGAGGAAAUGUGACCAGUACUGGCCAACGGAGAACAGCGAGGAGUACGGGAACAUUGUGGUGACCCUGAAGAGCACCAAAGUGCACGCCUGCUACACAGUGAGGCGCUUCACAGUGCGCAACACCAAAGUGAAAAAGGGCCAGAAGGGGAACCCAAAGGGGCGGCAGAACGAGCGCACGGUGAUCCAGUACCACUACACGCAGUGGCCCGACAUGGGGGUGCCGGAGUACACGCUGCCCGUCCUCACUUUCGUACGGCGGUCCUCCGCCGCACAGACGCCGGAUAUGGGGCCAAUGGUUGUACACUGCAGCGCGGGCGUGGGCAGAACGGGGACCUACAUCGUCAUCGACAGCAUGCUCCAGCAGAUCAAGGACAAAAGCACAGUCAACGUCCUGGGCUUCCUCAAACACAUUCGCACCCAGCGCAACUAUCUCGUUCAGACGGAGGAGCAGUACAUCUUCAUCCACGAUGCCUUGACAGAAGCCAUCCUUGGCAAAGAAACCGAAGUGCUUGCCAGUCAGCUCCACAGCUACGUGAACAGCAUCCUCACGCCGGGCCUGGGGGGCAAGACCCGUCUGGAGAAGCAGUUUAAGCUGGUGACCCAGUGCAAUGCCCGGUUUGUCGAGUGCUUCAGUGCGCAGAAGGAGUGCAACAAAGAGAAGAAUCGCAACUCCUCAGUGGUGCCCUCGGAGCGAGCCCGGGUUGGACUAGCGCCGCUUCCUGGAAUGAAAGGCACCGAUUACAUCAACGCUUCGUACAUAAUGGGUUAUUACAGAAGCAACGAGUUCAUCAUUACCCAGCAUCCCCUGCCUCACACCACUAAGGACUUCUGGAGGAUGAUCUGGGACCACAAUGCACAAAUUAUCGUCAUGUUGCCAGACAACCAGGGCCUGGCAGAGGACGAGUUCGUGUAUUGGCCCAGUCGGGAGGAGGCCAUGAACUGCGAGGCCUUCACAGUGACGCUCAUCAGCAAGGACAGGCUGUGCCUCUCCAACGAGGAGCAGAUCAUCAUCCAUGACUUCAUCCUUGAGGCCACACAGGAUGACUACGUGCUGGAGGUGCGCCACUUUCAGUGCCCCAAGUGGCCGAACCCCGACGCCCCUAUCAGCAGCACCUUUGAGCUGAUCAACAUCAUCAAGGAGGAGGCCAUGACCCGAGAUGGACCAACUAUAGUGCACGACGAGUUUGGGGCUGUUUCGGCUGGGAUGUUCUGUGCCCUCACCACGCUGUCCCAGCAACUGGAGAACGAGAACGCCGUGGGGGUCUAUCAGGUGGCCAAAAUGAUCAACCUCAUGAGACCUGGAGUUUUCACUGACAUCGAGCAGUACCAGUACCUUUACAAAGCUAUGCUCAGCCUGGUGAGCACCAAGGAGAACGGGCUCAGCCCCAUGUCCAUGGACCGAAACGGAACUGUCGUGAUCACGGACGAGUCGGACCCUGCAGAAAGCAUGGAGUCGCUCGUCUGAAGAGCCCCGCGGCGUGGAGAGGCACUUAAUUUGUAAACCUUCAAGGACUAGACAGACUUUUUUGAGGCCUUUUUUGCCAGAAUCUUGGUUAAAUGAAAAAAGAAAAAAAAAAAAACCUGAUUACUUUUUUACACUGAUAAAGUUUUUGAUAUUUAUUUUUUGCCAUUUUAUGUCUUAAUGUUAUCCUACUGAGCGUUUGCACCUAUCUUUCAGUUCACACAAUGAAACACACUUCGUUCUGGUUUGCACUAAAACGUCAGUGUUACUGCCUACAAUACAAUAAUCCGAGCGACAAUAUCGAUUAUGAAUCCCCCCGCCCCGACUCCACGUGUCCCGGCGACGCCCCGUCCCUCCGUUUGCUCUCGGCUAAUUGGAGACGACGGCCAUCGAUGCCGGGCGUCCCGCGGGUGGACGGAGGACGCAGGUGACGAUUCAGCAGGUUCCGCUCCAUGACCGAAUCACUUGCGCCCGUCACAGUGUAAUUUUUCAUCUGUACAGGAAGAGCUACGUAUCCUUAUUUCGCUUCGAAGCCUACCGAGCCACUCCGUAUAACAGUAAGCAAUAGGGCUGUUAUUUUGCAUCCUAAUUUUAUUUCCAUAAUCGUUUUAUUAGCAAAUCAAACCCAUAUUUUUAAUUUUUAAAGGUGGUUUAAUAACCACUACUGUGAACUUCAGAAUUCUUUUGUAAGAUUUCUAAUAUUCUUUUUAAUAUAUAUGUAUGUGAAUAUGAAUAUAUCCUAAUCCCUAUAACUUGUGGUUUUGUAAGCGUUCUUUAUGACAGUCGAAUCCCAGUGGUUUCUCCGAGGGUCGGUCAAACAUCUGACUUACUACCGUUAACCUCCUUUGUCCUUUACGUUCGCGUCCCUCGUUUGUCCUUCCACGCUGCUCCCUGCCGACGAGGCGACGCUGGGUCUGAAUCCGAGCGCCCGGCGGUUCUGCCACGGCACACCGGUUAAACAGCUAACGCCGAUAUUGUCCACACGCCACACUUUGAGCUGUUCAUUAAUGCGUUGCUAUUUCUUUGGGUUGUGCUUCCUGCCUCUGUUUACAGUAAGAGUGAUGGUUAUGCUCCAAAGGACGCUCGGCCUCGGGCGUCUUUUCAGAGUCCUCCGUGUGACACCGUGUCGGGUAUCGUGUCUCCCCAGCACGGAUUGUCUGAACCCACGAUGGGGGCGAGAGAAGAGCAAAAUCAGAGCUGGGUUUACAGCCACAUGUUCAAAUGUUCCAUGUUCACAUGUCCAGGCACCGCGGCUGUUUCCACGCCCAGCGCCGCGUGCCGUCCCCUAACACCAGGAAGGCGCCACGUGCUCAUGCCGGACUCUCAGACACGCUGGGAUGUUGCAGUUUAAAGUGAUGUGGGGAAGAAAGUCACCCUUCAGUCUCACAGCACAACUGCCGUGGUGUUACCACGUUUUUUUUCGGCACUGCAACAUAUGAAGUGGGGGAAAUCUAAUGUAUCAACUUUACCAAAGAUAAAAACUCAUUUCAGCAAGGAGAAUAAAGCUUUUCUUUCAAACUGUGUUUCCUUUCUGUUGGUUCGGAACAUUUAUUUAUUUCAGUCAAUUUUGCUGACUGAAAGAAAUAAAAGUAUUUCAGGUUUGCUUGGCAUUCAUUGCUCUUCUUUCCUGGCAGAAGUCCGAUAACUUCGCUACUGUUUGUCUCUCUCUCUCACACACACACCACACACACACACACGGGCCAUACUUACACACCACGCUCUCAUUCGGGAACAAACAGUCGUGGUUAACUGAAAAUGGAAUAUAUUUGUGCUUACGCUUUGUGUUGCUGGUUUAAUUGUUCCGUCUGCUCUUCGGAUGCUUAAUUUAGGGUUUUUGCCUGAAACGAUAAAGAAAUUCUGUUCCCUGGGUACCGUCGACCCGCUCUUAUAUGCAUCCUGCCACAAUGACCUUUGGUGGAGUACUUUGCUUUUUUACGAAGUGCGGAAGUGAAACAUAACAGAAAUGAACUCGGCGUGCAGAUUUUAUUGUUCUUUUCCGUUUUUGUGUGCUUUAUGUCUCCUCACAAGGAGGCCCUUAAGAAAAGUUGCAGCUCUCCAACAUUUGGGGAAUGACGUGACUUUCACUCAUCUGUCGCAUUACACCACUUUGAGCGAUAGGCCGUCAUCCUGCUUUUCAAUUUGUUUUGUAUAUAUUCUUUUUUUUUUGCUGAACUUCACUCAGUGUCACGGUCAAGGAUUCCUUCGGGCAGCGAACACUACGAAACACAAGCACCAGUGCGAAUCACAAACCGAGAAAAAUGUACUUUGUUGCUUUCAAUAACCAUCUUCUGGAAAAUUUGUAUCUAUGGUAUAUAAUCAUAGAGUUUUCUAUUUUCAUAUAAAGCUAUUUUUUUUCUAGGUUCAGCUCCUUCAUUGUUCUGUGGUGAAUAUCUGGGAUCUGAGUCUCUGUGCAUUGAGGUAGUGACUGUCAUCACAUUCCGAACAUAUUUCUUUACAGGCAGUGAUUGUGGUUUUUGCUUUUUGUUUUCCAGUUAUUUUUUUUGUUUUUUUUUUUUCUUUUUUUCCAUUUUCUUUCUUUGUUUUUUACUACUAUUUUUAAAAUUAUGUUGUCAGUGUGUGCAAUAGAAUAGAUCUAGUAAGUCACUGAAUAAGUUUGUCUCAUCAGCCCAAAGGAAAAGGUUGGGCAGUCCGCUUCUUUUGUAACCAGAAACAAAACUGUUUUGUUGAAAGCUAUAUCAAAUCAUUCUAUUAUAGUGUUAUUUAAUAUGUAAAUUGUAUUGCUAUACAUAAAA